AUGGCAUGUCUGAUGGCGGCUUUCUCCCUGGGCAGCGCUUUGGGUGGCAGCAGUUCUGGUUGCACCAUGGCCGAGCCCAAGUCUGUGUGUGUUUCAGUGGACGAGGUGGUCUCCAAUGGCACAGACACUCAGGACAUCCACCUCAUCAAUGGACACUUAAAAAAAGUGGACAAUGCUCUGACAGAAGCUCACAGGUUCUCCUACCUGCCCCGCAGGCCAGCUGUGAACAUUGAGUUUAAAGAACUGUCCUACUCCAUCCAGGAAGGGCCAUGGUGGAGAAAGAAAGGUUAUAAGACCCUUUUGAAAGGAAUUUCAGGGAAGUUCAGCAGUGGAGAACUCGUUGCAAUUAUGGGACCUUCAGGAGCUGGGAAGUCAACACUUAUGAAUAUUCUGGCAGGAUACAGAGAGACGGGGAUGAAAGGAGAAAUCCUCAUCAACGGGCAGCCCCGCGACCUGCGCUCCUUCCGCAAGGUGUCCUGCUACAUCAUGCAGGAUGACAUGCUCCUUCCUCACCUCACUGUCCAGGAAGCUAUGAUGGUAUCUGCUCAUCUGAAACUUCAAGAGAAAGAUGAAGGGAGGAGAGAAAUGGUGAAGGAAAUCCUGACAGCCCUUGGUUUGCUGGCUUGUGCCAACACGAGGACUGGGAGCCUCUCUGGGGGCCAGAGGAAACGCCUGGCCAUUGCUCUGGAGCUGGUGAACAACCCCCCUGUCAUGUUCUUUGAUGAACCCACCAGUGGCUUGGACAGUGCAUCAUGUUUUCAGGUGGUCUCUCUGAUGAAGGCUUUGGCCCAGGGUGGCAGAUCCAUCAUCUGCACGAUUCACCAGCCCAGUGCAAAACUGUUUGAGCUCUUUGACCAGCUCUAUGUUCUAAGUCAAGGUCAGUGCAUUUACCGUGGGAAGGUAACAAACCUUGUCCCUUACUUGAGAGAUUUGGGGCUGAAUUGUCCAACCUACCACAACCCAGCAGAUUUUGUGAUGGAAGUGGCCUCGGGUGAGUACGGGGACCAGAGCAGCCGCCUGGUCAGGGCGGUCAGGGAGAGGAUUUGUGACUCCGACUACAAGAGGGACGCGCCCGGGGAGCACGAGCUGAACCCCUUCCUGUGGCACCGGCCCUCUGAGGAGGACUCCUCCUCCACGGAAGGCUGCCACAGCUUCUCUGCCAGCUGCCUCACCCAGUUCUGCAUCCUCUUCAAAAGGACCUUCCUCACCAUCAUGAGGGACUCGGUCCUGACACACCUGAGGAUCACCUCACACAUUGGCAUUGGGCUGCUCAUUGGAUUGCUCUACUUGGGCAUCGGAAAUGAGGCCAAGAAAGUCCUCAGCAACUCGGGGUUCCUCUUUUUCUCCAUGCUGUUCCUCAUGUUUGCUGCUCUCAUGCCCACUGUCCUCACCUUUCCCCUUGAGAUGGGAGUAUUUCUCAGAGAGCAUCUGAACUACUGGUACAGCCUGAAAGCCUAUUACCUGGCCAAGACCAUGGCUGAUGUUCCAUUCCAGAUCAUGUUCCCUGUGGCCUACUGCAGCAUCGUGUACUGGAUGACCUCCCAGCCCUCGGACGCGCUGCGCUUCGUGCUCUUCGCUGCCCUGGGCACCAUGACAUCCCUGGUGGCUCAGUCACUGGGCCUGCUCAUAGGGGCAGCCUCCACAUCCCUGCAGGUGGCAACUUUUGUGGGCCCAGUCACUGCCAUCCCAGUCCUCCUGUUCUCUGGGUUUUUUGUCAGCUUUGAUACCAUCCCAACAUACCUCCAGUGGAUGUCCUACAUUUCCUAUGUCAGGUAUGGCUUCGAAGGCGUCAUCCUCUCCAUCUACGGACUGGAUCGAGAAGAUCUGCACUGUGACAAAGAUGACACCUGCCACUUCCAAAAAUCAGAGGCCAUCCUGAAAGAACUGGAUGUAGAAAAUGCCAAACUUUACCUGGACUUCAUCGUUCUUGGGAUUUUCUUCUUCUCUCUGCGCCUGAUUGCCUAUUUUGUCCUCAGAUACAAAAUCCGAGCGGAGAGGUAAAGGAGAAGCAGCUGAACCGAGGCAGUAGGAGAACUUUAGACAUCAAAUAGAGGGCACUUGACAUUGUCUCACUGUGGCAGGCUGGUCCCCAGGCUGGGGACAGCCAGAUGCUGUCCUGACCGAGCCCAUGGAGAGCCACAAUGGGAUAGUGGACAUCCAGUGUUAAGCCAAUCAGUCCAGUUGGGUUGGGUCAUGUUCUCAUUACACUUUCUAGCUUUAACUAGGAAGAAGAACUAGAAGGGAAUUUUACA